AUGGCGGUAUUCCAUGACGAAGUGGAAAUCGAAGAUUUCACCUAUGACGAAGAGAAGGAACUGUACCAUUAUCCUUGCCCUUGUGGUGAUCGGUUUGAAAUUACGAAGGAGAUGUUGGAAAUGGGAGAAGACGUGGCUACGUGUCCAAGCUGUUCGUUGAUUGUCCGCGUGAUUUACGAUCCUGAUCUGUUUACGAAGUUAGAGACGAUAACGACAUCCCCUCCAAGGGAAUUGAUAUCUGAAACUGCUUAA